UAGAAAACACUCUAACGGCUAACCCUUGUAAGAACAUCCCUCCUCUUCGUGCAGGAAAGUCAUCGAUUUGUCUUGUAUUCUUGAAUUCGUUGUCUAUUCAACAAGUAAAUAAAGAGCAUCAAGGAUUCAUCUUUCACCAUAAUUUCCCACAAAAAAGAAGAAGAAGAAGAAGAAGAAGAAGAAACAAAAAAUUUUUCUUGAUGGGAUACCUUUCUUGCAAGGCAGACUCAGCCAUUGCCAUAAUCUCUACUACACCAUCGUCCCAAGCAUCAUCGUCUCCGUCUACUUCUAGAACCAAGCAAGAAAAACCCAUCAAGAUCCGACAGUUUAACUACAGUGAUAUUGAAGCUGCCACCGAUGGUUUCUCUGACCAGAAACUCCUAGGCAAAGGCAGCCAUGGCUGUGUCUACAAGGCUGUUUUACGUGGCCGUCAUGUUGCUGUCAAGAAACCCUCAAAGGAUCUUGAAAUUGGCCAAGAAGUCGAUAACGAGAUCGAGAUCUUGUCCAAAAUUCACAGCCCAAGAUUUGUAAACUUAUUAGGCUUUGCUAAUGAUACUAAGGAUAGGUUGCUUGUUGUUGAGUUUAUGAGUAAUGGUACUCUUUAUGAUACUCUUCACUCAAAUUCUAGACCACCCAAUUGGGGUAGAAGAAUUAGAAUGGCUUUGCAAAUUGCUAAGGCUGUUGAUACAUUACACUCACAAAACCCACCGGUAAUUCAUAGAGAUAUUAAGUCUGCAAAUGUUUUGAUUGACAGGAAUUUCAAUGCGAGAUUGGGUGAUUUUGGUUUAGCAGUUAGGUGCGGUGUUGAUGAUGAUUAUAGACUAAAGUCAACCCCACCUGCUGGUACCAUGGGCUAUCUUGAUCCAUGUUAUGUUACACCAGAUAAUUUGAGUACUAAAACUGAUGUGUUUAGUUUUGGGAUUUUUCUGUUGGAGAUUAUUAGUGGGAGGAAGGCUAUUGAUGUGGGGCAUUCUCCUUCUUCUAUUGUCGAUUGGGCAAUUCCACUCAUUAAAAAGGGGAAACUUGGUGCUAUUUAUGAUCCAAGAACUGUCCCGCUUAAGGAUCCUAUGAUUAGGAAGCAGUUGGCUUUGAUUGCUUCCAAAUGCGUGAGGUCUUGUCGGGAGCGGAGACCUGCCAUGAAGGAGGUGGUUGAUUGGUUAGCUGCAUUGAGUAAAUUGGUUCCGCUUCAUUCAUGGAAUGGGUUUAACAAUCCAUGCAUGAUGGUGGAGACAAUGGGGCGUCCAGCUGAACAAAGAAAUACACAGUUUGGUUCCAGACCACAGGGUGAUGGAGAAGAGAUUCUGGAAGAAACAUAUGGUAAAAUGGGAAGGAAAUCAGUGAUGGAUACACGGAGAGUGUAUUCAGAUUUGGGGUUUCGAAGCAAUUUGAUGGAACUCAUGGCCUGGACAGAUGCAGAGAUUGAUGGGUUGAAUCUAGUUUGAAAUCUGUAAAUCGGGUUUCUAGUUCUAGAUUUUUAGUGCACGAUAUGACACCCAAGGAAGAGCUCAAUCCCAGGCUCAUGAUAAUAAUAAUAAAAAAAAAAAAGUCUCUUUCAAGUGAGAAAACACCAAUCAGUUGGGGAUGGUUCAGAAUUAUUCUCAGAAAGGAAUAACACGCUUGCUCAUUCGAGUUUCGAUGGUGGAGCGAGGCUCAGGUUACAAGCUUCUCUUGGUUGAGAAUUACCUUGUUGUAGAUUUGUUCGUAGCUCAUUGAUUAGUGGUUUUCACUCAAUUUUUGUGCUGUUAAAUUCCACAUACUUUUAGAUCAAGGGCGCGAUGCUCACAUCCCUUGCAUAGGUUGUUGAUCCUUUUUCAUUUAUUACACCUUUGUUAUGCAAAGCUGAUGUAUGGUCAAGAAUUCUGUUGAAUAAGUAAAUUAUGCCAAAUUUCUGUUGUCUUUA